CAUCCACACAUCCACACAUCCACACAUCCACACAUCCACACAUCCACACAUCCACACAUCCACCCACAACCCAACAAUUCUGGGGACAGAUGGAUGAUACUUGAAUGAAAACGUCACAGAUCGGUACAUCUGUCUGCAACAAAGGAACCACAGCCACCGUCAAGCAGUUGGUGCAUCAGCUACCCAAUUACCAAGCAUCAAAUUCCGAGUAUCCAGGAUAUCGUACGGAUUUACCUGGACCCUACCGGCUAGACUCAACUCUACUUGCAUCACCUUCCCUUCCAUCUCAAAAGGUUGAGCGGGCAGAGGAAGAAAAGAGAGACGAUACAGUCAAUCGGCUGAAGAAAAGCUGA